AUGGCGACCACUCCCGCGCAGGAAGGCACCGUUGAAUUCGCGUAUGCUAGUCUGCCCAAGCCGGCCCAGACCUGGUAUCGGAUCUACGGCGACCUCCAGGCGGGAACCCCCUUGGUCGUCUUGCAUGGCGGUCCGGGCUUUUGCCAUAACUACAUGCUGCCCUUGGCCGCGUUGGCAUCCGACCGCCCUGUCAUCCUGUACGAUCAGAUCGGAAACGGGCUGUCCUCCCAUUAUCCGGAGAAACGGGGCGAUCAGGAGUUCUGGACUGUCAGCCUCUUCAUCGCCGAGCUGGAGAGCCUGCUCCGACAGCUCGGCAUUGCCGGCAAUUUCGACCUGCUAGGCCAUUCCUGGGGUGGCAUGCUGGGGUUGGAUUUUGCCGCUCGUCAACCGACUGGGCUGCGCCGUCUGAUUCUAUCCAACACCCCGGCGUCGGCCGCGCUGUGGCUGGAAUCGGUCAAUCGACUCCGCGCCACCUUGCCCCAGGAGAUUCAAGACACGCUACAGCGCUGUGAGGCCGACGGUCGGCUCGAGUCCAAGGAGUACGAGGAUGCGACAGUGGAGUUCCUCUCCCGGUUCUGUUGUCGGGCGCAACCCUGGCCCGAGGAGCUCAUGCAGAGCCUCGUCUGGGCCACGGAAAAGGAUUCCACCAUCGUGUCCACCAUGCUUGGCCCCUCCGAAUUCUGGAUUGAAGGCUCCCUCAAGGACUGGAGCGGGCUGGACCGCCUGCAUCAGAUCCAGGUCCCUACCUUGGUGAUCAAUGGCAAGUACGACGAAGCACAGGACAGUGCGGUGGAACCGCUCUUCUGGGGAAUCGAUAAGGUGCGGUGGAUCACCCUGGCGGACAGCUCGCAUUGCCCCCAGUUCGAUGACUGCGAGAAGUACCUCAGCAUUAUCGGAGAGUUUCUGGGCCGCGCAUAG